UUCAUUCUCUGCUUCUAGGUUCAGAACAAUUCUUUGCUCUGAAGGAACUCCUAUCAGGAUUUUUCAUCUCUGUGGCAUCUACACUAAGAUUUGGGCCUUACAUUUUGUUGUCAUUCAGGUUUUAUCAAUGACUUCUGGUAAGUCAUUUUUUGUUGUUACCUGAGUGACUGGGUCGUUUCUUAACGGCAAUGCUUCCCACAGUACUGUUACCUAGAAAGAAGUAAGGCUGUAGCUUGCUAUCUAGCAAUUACAGGCUACUUUGAGAGAAAGUUAAUUAGCCUUAAAACCACCAGCUUGACCCAUACUUUACGAAGUUCUUGUAAUCAUGUUUUUCUAAUGGCGACGAUUCCGAUAGAGCUGCUUUUGAUGUAGAUGACCACCAUUGGAAUUUUUUACCUCACUUUUCGUACAUAUUUGUAAUUUUCAUUCAGUAGCUUUUUUCUUGAGACUGUUUGCAGUUGCUGUUCAUCUUGCGGUGCCCAUGAUAACAUCUGUAAGUUGUAAUAUCUGACUAAAGUACUCCUGCCACUCUAGAAACUAAUUUGGCUGUUAGCUAGUUGCAAUUUAAAACAUAUGCAUGAUUUCUCUUGUUAUCUUGAUGCCCAAGCAAAAUGAUCUGUCUUCGAGUCUCAAAGUGCAUUUGUAAACCCACUGACCUCAUAAUUCUGACUUUGCCCGGUGGGAAAGGAAAGAAUAAGAGGAUGCACUUGUCCAAGGCCUUUAUGACCAUGAAUGCUUUAUUUAUGUAUAAGACCGUGUCUUAGAAAUCUAAUGAGAAUUCAGGAGGUAGAGUACUUUCUUCCUUCAAUAAAGCAGUAAUGUCCAUCAUGGAAAGAAGAUGCUUCAUAUAUAACUGUAGAAACUGAUUUUGGAGAGCUGGCUUAUAAUUGUUUAUAAAGGCUCCUGUGAGUUGCAGACCUGUUUGUGAAGAAACUUUUUACAAUUCUAUCAGUCCUGAAUCUAUUUAAUAUUUAUAUCUAGAACAGAAAUUAAAUACACAGAGAAAUUCAUUUCAUUUCCUGUACAUUUACUGAAUUUAUUUGUUCCUGGCUUCAUGUUUUAUGGUCUUUAAAUUACAUGCUUGCACUGGCCACCCAAAGAAAGAAUUACCUGCUUGCUCAAUCAGGAGGGAACUUGAGGAGGAGCUAGGGAUAGUCCUUCCGAAAGACACAUUUGAGUUAUUAUUUAUUUUUCUUCAAGAGUGUGUUAUAAAUGAUGGUAAUUUCAUCAAUAAUGAAUUUAAUGAUGUCUAUCUGGUGACCACUCUUGAUCCAAUUCCAUUGGAGGCCUUUACGCUGCAGGAAAGUGAAGUAUCUGCUGUUAAAUACUUAUCUUAUGAUGAGUAUAGAAGUUUCCUUGCUAAAGAAGAUCCCGAAUACGUCCCUUAUGAUGUAAAUGGACAAUACGGGCAACUAUUUGACAUAGUUGCACAAAGGUACAACCAGAAGACCAUGGACCGCAGCUUGGCUCUACAAAAGAAAAUCCGUCGCUAUGCUUCUGUUCCGCUCAAUGCAGAGCUGUCAGGGCUUUCAAAUGGAGACAGGGAAGCCCUACUUCUAGUAAUUAAGGCUGCAAAAGUUAUUGAUGAAAUCUUCUACCUGCAGGUAUGGUACAACAAUCCAGCUCUGAGAGAUUGGUUGAAGGAGCAUGCUGCUUCGUCAGAGCUGGACAAGCUUAAAUGGAUAUACUAUUCAAUAAAUAAAAGUCCAUGGUCUUGCCUUGAUGAGAAUGAGGCAUUUUUGACGACCGCAGAUUCCACCGUUAGGUUGCUAUCUAAACCGGCGAAGCAAGUAAAUGGGUGGAAGGGCAUCGAAUAUAAGGCUGCAUUUCCUAUGCAAAAACCACCUGGUGCAAACUUUUAUCCUCCUGACAUGGACAAAAAGGAAUUUGAUUUAUGGAAGAGCAGCUUAUCGAAAGAUGAAAAAGAGGAGGCAACUGGCUUUUUCAAUGUUAUAAAGAGGAAAAGUCAAUUUAGUUUGGACAAAGCCUUGUCUAUAUCUUCUGAUGAAAGUAACAGUAAUGCAGUCAAACCGGUUCAUGACCUUUUUAUUGUCCCCUAUUCACAAGAGUACAGAGCUUUGCUUACAGAAGCUGCUGAACUGUUGCAUAAAGCUGGAAAUUUUACUAGCUCCCCAAGCUUGAGGAAACUAUUGCAAAGCAAGGCUGAAGCCUUUUUGUCCAAUGACUAUUAUGACUCUGACAUUGCCUGGAUGGAGUUGGACUCCAAGUUGGAUGUGACUAUUGGUCCUUAUGAGACUUAUGAAGAUACACUAUUUGGUUACAAGGCGACGUUUGAAGCAUUUAUUGGUAUUCGAGAUGACGAGGCAACUGCUCAAUUGAAACUCUUUGGAGAUAAUCUUCAGGUAUUGGAACAAAAUCUCCCACUGGACACUAUAUACAAAUCACAAGAUGUGAUUGCUGCACCAAUACGUGUCAUUCAGCUUGUUUACAAUGCAGGGGAUGUCAAGGGCCCUCAAACUGUCGCUUUUAAUUUACCAAACGAUGAGCGCAUCGUGAAGGAUCGAGGAACAUCAAUGGUUAUGCUCAAGAAUGUUUCAGAAGCAAAGUUCGAGCAUAUUCUCCAGCCCAUAGCGGCUGGAUGCAUAUCAGGGAAACAAAGGGGGCUAGUAGAUUUUGAUUCUUUCUUUACUCACACAAUUUGCCAUGAGUGCUGCCAUGGAAUUGGCCCCCAUACCAUAACUCUCCCAAAUGGUCAGAAGUCUACAGUGAGACUAGAGCUUCAAGAACUUCACUCAGCUUUGGAAGAAGCAAAAGCUGAUAUAGUUGGUCUUUGGGCAUUAAAGUUUUUCAUUGACCAGGACUUGCUUCCAAAGGAUUUGGUUAAGUCAAUGUACGUCUCUUUUCUGGCCGGAUGCUUUCGCUCAGUUCGUUUUGGUUUAGAGGAAGCUCAUGGAAAAGGUCAGGCGUUGCAGUUCAACUGGUUAUUUGAGAAAGGAGCAUUCGUUUUGCAUCACGAUGAAACAUUCAGUGUUGAUUUUACGAAGGUUGAAGAUGCUGUAGAAAGCUUGAGCCGGGAGAUACUCACCAUACAAGCAAAAGGUGACAAGCCAACUGCAAGGUCCCUCAUGGAUAGAUAUUGCAAAAUGACAGAUCCACUCAAAGCUGCUUUGCAGAGACUAGAAAACAAUCAGGUUCCUGUGGACAUUGUUCCCAUGUUUCCAAUAGCUGAUUUGAUAAGGGAGUGAAAGGAAAGGAGUCUUCGCAGCCUUCGUGACAUUUUAUAUCAACUGAUGAGAAAUCGUGCUUAUUCCCCCACUGCAACGAAGAAAUAACUGGAAGAGUCCUUUCAAAUGACUUUGUGGCGUCUUCCCAGUUAAUUGGCAAAACUCUUUAUGCUUAAUACAGUGAUUAGUGAUAAGUAUAGGAGGGGGAAUGUCUUUACAUUACAUGUUACAUAGAAAAGCCCUGAGUUAAUGCUCUGAAUUGAUAAUCGAUUUGGUUUUUUUUUGGAAGGAUUUCAUUAA